AUGCUGCAGACCACAAACGUGAAGAGCUUGCAGGUCGGCAUCAAGCACAAGCUUAUGGGCGUAGAUGCGGAUCUGCGAUUUACGGGGAUAUAUCCUACGCAGAACACACAGGCGUGUGAGAAAGGGUGGUUCUGUCCGUAUUUAUUCGCCAGCGCGAGAACCCCUUCAGUACCGCGCGCGAACGACUUCUCGAUAUGCCAGUUCUUUGGUCCGUUCUUGGGCGGCGACUACCUCCUUGCGCAUAAGCUCCUUUCGGAAUCCGUCAACGUACUCAGCAUGUGCGAAGCCAACCCCACCGUGGAUAUCGGCACCAACCGCAUGCUCAUACUCUUCACCGGCAUCUCCCCCUUCCGCGCAAACAUGUGGAGCACCUCCCGCCGUCCCGGCUGCGGUACCAUCGUUUUCCACCUACUCGACGGCUGUCCGGCGCUCGUGGUACCCGUCACCAACAAGGCGCCUAUAUGUGCCUGGUCGCCCUGGACCCUGAGCCAGAUGAGAGUCGCGGCAAAUGCAAUGAACCCACAGAUGGGGAUGGGCGGAGGGUAUAAUCCCGAGUGGCAGCAUGAACAGAUUUGCGAGUGGCUGGAUUCGAUUAUCAGUGUGCAGCACAUCAAUCCUACUGUGAGAGAUAGGUAUGUGGAGGUUCUAGGGAGAAGCGUGAGUUUGGUCAUCAACGGAGCGCUUGCGCUGGAUAGGUGCCAGCCGUUGCUGGGGAAGCUGGAUCCUGAAAGGUCGGGGAUUGUAAUGAUCAGAUAUUAG